CCGGCAGUGAGAAGCGCAGCUGAACUGUGUUAAGCGGUGUUUGUGAAGGUCGUGAGUCCAACCCGUGAUCAACCAUGUCUCUCCAAAAGCCACUGAUGAGGGGGCUGCUGGCCAAGCGUCUGAGGUUUCAUCUGUCCAUCGCUUUUAGCGUCUCUAUCGCGGCUGCAAUCGCAUUCAAGUACACAGUGACAGAGCCCAGGAAACAGGCCUACGCUGACUUCUACAAGCAGUACGAUGCCGCCAAAGAGUUCAAGGCCAUGAGGGAAGCCGGUAUCUUUGAGAGCGUGCGACCCUCCGGGGAGUAAAACCGCUCUCUGCUCCCCUUGUCAUUCAUUCCUGGUCUGAAGAUGGUUCCUUUCAUGUUAUUUACUGAUCAGAUGUGAACAUCGCUUUGCUGUUUUGUUCCUCUAAGAAAAUAAACUAUUCUAAUGAUGUAAGA